AUGCCGUACGGGGAGUAUUUGCCGCGGCGGUUCCUAGAGACACCGCGUCUGGGCACGAUCAACCUCCAUCCUUCACUGCUACCGCGAUGGCGAGGUGCUUCGCCAGUGCAACGCUGCUUGGUGGCCGGAGACACUGAGACCGGCAUCACGAUUUUGUACACGGUGGCGAAAAUGGAUGCUGGGCCCAUCAUCGCACAAGAGCGGAUGGCGCUCGACGGCUCUGAGACCUCUCCUGAGCUCUUAGACCAACUCUUCAAGUGGGGGGCCGACCUGCUCGUGGAGGAGGUGCUGCCAAAGGUGCUUGGCGGAGAGGUCACAAUGGAAACCGCAGCCGUGCAAGAUGAAAGCUUGGUGGAAAAGGCACCACUCAUCUCGAAGAACGAAGGCAAGUUAUGGCCGCACAACGAGACAGCUCUCCAAAUGCGAGACAAGGUGCGGGGUUUUGCAGGAUGGCCUGGCACAACCCUUGCACUCGCCUGCUCCGGCUCCAAAGCUGCGCCUCAAGGCGUUAGGGUCAAAGUGGCAGGUGCAGAAGUAGUUCCCUUUUCCACUUUUCCGGGCUCGAUCAGCCCCGACACGCCAUUGGAGGAGCUCCUCUUUAUGCCUGCUGUGGACGGCUCCGACCCUGCUGUCGGCAUCCGGCCGGCAGCUGACCCGGAGAAUGUGUUGCUGCUGAGAUCUUUCCAACUACCUGGCAAGCAGGAGGUUCCGGCCAAGACCUUCCGAAAAGGAUACAUGACGUUUCAGCCAGCCAGGUGGCUGUCGCCGGAGGAGGAAUCAACGAUGGUAUCAGCAACAGGAGUUCUCAAAAAGCAGAAGAAGAUGCGAAGGCGUGCCACGGACAACCGAAUCAAGAUGCGCGAAUUCCAAGACAUUUUUUCCAUUGACUCUCUUUCUGCCGCCAUGAUGUUUAAUUUCUUUCGGACCAGUGGCGUGGAGCCCUGUGGACACCUAGCUGCGGCAGAAGCAGCCAUUCAACGCAAGCAACUGCACCUUGAGAUAUCGGAGAUCCUUCCGGGCUCCUUGUACCUGGGUGCUGCCAACGCCGCACUGGGUCUGGCGAAGGAGGCCAACGCGCUUGGCAUCACCCAUGUGUUGAAUGUUUCGGACCUUUAUGCACUCGCUCCUGGCAAGCAUGGCAAGCUGGUGGUUGAGUGGGUUCCCAUGGCAGACGACGGAUUCGAUGAUGUCUUCGGACCGGAGCAAACGGCGGAAGACUUUGAGGCGGCCAGGAAGGAAAAUCCCAAGUGCCGCCCUUCGGGUGCCUACUGGCGAUGUAAAGACUUCUUGGAGGCUGCCUUCAAGGACCCCUCCUCAUGUGUUUUGGUGCAUUGUGCUCUCGGGGUCAAUCGCUCCGCGACCAUUGUAUUGGCAUGGCUUAUGGAAACCAGGCAAUGGAGCCUGACACAAGCUCUUCAGCACGUACAGCAACGCAGACCCAUUGUACAUCCUGCGGACACGCUGAAGGCCCGCAAUUUGCGAGGUUUGUGCACAUGCUGA